AUGAAAAACUUAAAAAUAUUUCAUUUUUUUAAUUUUUUAUUUUUUAUUUAUUUAUCAUUAAUAAUUUUAUUUAAUAUUAAUAUAUUUGGGACAAUAAAAAAGGAUGCAUUACAAAAAGAAUAUCAAAAAUUAUGUAAGGUAGUAGGAAGGAAUCUUGCUGAAGCAGGUUCAUCAAAUAAAGUAUUUAGUAUUAAAUAUGUAAAUCCUAAUGUAAAUGUAAAUCGUUUAAAUGACUUCUGCGAUCGUCUUUUUUUAUCAUAUUGUGUUACAACUAAUUGGUUAACUGAACCACCAAAUAGUUUGGCUGCGACAUUUAUUAAUAAUGCUUUAAAGAUUGCUGAUGUAAUAUACGCUAAUUUACAUUCAGAAAGAAUUAAUCCUUCAUUUAAAUUAAUACGAAACGAGGUAACCAGAGUGAAAGAGCGUAAUGCAUUAAUUACUAUAUACGGAAGGGAACCACAUGUAAUUGAUUAUAUGAAAAAACUUUUUGAAAUGGAAAAUUUUCUGACAAAACAAUUAUUGCAUAGUAUGGUUGGAAAAACCCAAUCUAUUUUAGAAGCUAUAAUAAGCAAUGAAGAAGAAGUAAUAGAUAAAAUUAAGGAUGAAUUAUUAAAAAGGAGACUUAUACUUCCAGAUUAUCAUGUUCGCAGAAUGAUGUAUAGAAUAGUUAGACGUGCUCAUGACAUAGCUUUAGAAGAAGGUAUUCUAAGUAAGAAUAUUCCGGAACCUGUGGGUUGUUACCUAGAAGAGUUCAGUAGUUGA